AUGAGCGGCGAACAACACGGCGGGAUCCGCGGCUCUGCCGACGCGGUUGCAGCUCCUACGGGGUCCGCGGCUGCAGCGGCGGCGGAAGCAGAAAACUCCGAGCUACUACCAUCACUGACAGAGGAGGCGGAAGGAGAGGUGCUGUUUGCGAUCAUCGAGGAGGCUUUCGCUCUUGCGGGAGCAUUCAACAUCGCGGAUUACGUGCCGUGGCUGAGCUAUUGCGGGGACCCCUUCCGCAUGUACGCGCGCGCACAGCGCCUCGCACCGCAGCUGCGCGGAUUCAUGCGCGCGUGCAUCGAGGAGCGACGCCAGCUCAUGCUGGCAAAGCGUACGGAAGGGAGCCAAGCCAGGCAAGGCAGGCUAGGGAUGGAGACGGGGGCUGCGCUGGCGAUGGAUGGGGCUGCGGGUGAGCAGGUGAAGGCGCGGACGGCAUCUAAAACCACUCUUGUUGACACGUUGUUGGAGAUGGAAGGGGACGGGGAGGAGCAGGUGGACGAGGACGACAUGCUCAUGCUCGCUCAGGACCUCAUGCUCGCCGGCACCGAUACCACCGCCAAGACCGUCGAAUGGGCACUUGCUGAGCUGGCGCAGCACCCGAACAUGCUGGAAAGGCUCCGCGAUGAGGUGGAUGUGGCGUAUGCCAAGUCAGCAAGCGUGGCCGCCGAAACUGGGGCGCCCGCAGGACGAGGAGGAGGAGGAGGAGGAGGAGGUGAUAUGGUGGUGUCCCUUGCGGUGCAGGAGAUGCCUCUGGGAUUGGACCUGUCCGCCCGCCUGCUGGCGAAUUUCGUUCGGCGGUUUGAUUUUGAGGCGCCCCAAGAGGUGAGGGCAGGUGGAGGGAUAGACAUGAGGGAGUCGUUGGGGAUGUCGAUGGUUCUGGCAACGCCUCUCAGGAUUGUUGUGAGGGAGAGGACGGCAGUGCGGGGGGCAGCGGUGGCAGCUGCAGAUGCGUGA